AUGUCAGUGUUUGCCUCUCGUGCUGGGCCCAACUGUUGCUGGCACCCUGGCUGCUUUGUCUGUAGUGUCUGCAAGGAGUUGCUGGUAGAUCUCAUCACUAUGUACUGCUUGUGUUACAGUGUGAUGAGAGACUAUCUACAGGAGACAUGUCAGUGUUUGCCUCUCGUGCUGGACCCAACUGUUGCUGGCACCCUGGCUGCUUUGUCUGUAGUGUUUCAAGGAGUUGCUGGUAGAUAUCAUCACUAUGUACUGCUUGUGUUACAGUGUGAUGAGAGACUAUCUACAGGAGACAUGUCAGUGUUUGCCUCUCGUGCUGGACCCAACUGUUGCUGGCACCCUGGCUGCUUUGUCUGUAGUGUCUGCAAGGAGUUGCUGGUAGAUCUCAUCUACUUCUACAAAGACAACAAGUUGUACUGCGGGCGGCAUCAUGCUGAAACACUCAAGCCUCGUUGUUCUGCCUGUGAUGAGAUAAUCCUAGCAGACGAGUGUACGGAGGCAGAGGGCCGAGCUUGGCACAUGAAGCACUUUGCCUGUCUGGAGUGUGACUUACAGCUGGGAGGUCAGAGGUACAUCAUGAGGGAUGGCAGACCUUACUGUCUUGCCUGCUUUGACGCCAUGUUUGCUGAGUAUUGCGACUCUUGCGGGGAACCUAUCAGAGUUGAUCAUGGUCAAAUGUCGCAUGACGGCCAGCACUGGCAUGCCACAGAGAAGUGUUUCUGUUGUCACACCUGCAGAUCAUCUCUGCUGGGGAGACCGUUCCUGCCUAGGAGAGGAGCGAUCUACUGCAGCAUAGCCUGUAGUAAGGGAGAGCCACCCACACUCUCGGACCGUCUCAGAGAACUCCCCUUACCUGGAGAUGUUAUUGGUUUCACUCCUUCUCUAGUGUCUACUAAACUCACCACCAGCUUGGCCAGUGAAAACACUCCCCUCAAGUCUUGUAUUACAGCCGUGACUCCCAGCAGAGGAGUCAGGCCUUACAAGAAGAUCAUUCGAAGAUUCCCUGAGAAAAGUCAGAGGCAUCGGGCUCUUCCACCUAUUCCAAGUCAGGAGUCCACGAAUUACGCACAAACAAAUUUGGGAUAUGAGGCAGAUAUCUCGUGGAGAGAAAAGGAAUUGGAUCAACUGCCUCCUGAGAGCCAAUACCACUUUCUGAGUUCAUCUUCAAUUACCUCCAUGAAGGAGAUUUCAAUAGUGAAGUCGCCUGUAGUCUCUGAAAGGAUAUCACACAACCCUAACACAAGAAGGCUUCCACCUCUACCGCCUUCAAGUCCAAUGCCUUCAUGUCUACCUCAAAUAACUGAAGGGCUCACUAGAUUACAUGAUGACGUGCAUUCUAGGGUUUUAAAGGAAUCAAGAGUGAAUAGGCUUGAAAGUAUUACAACAUCAAAAGAAAUAUCGAACCACUAUUCAGCUUUAAUGAACACCCUUUGUCAACCAGUCAAUAAAUAUCUUGAAAACAUGCCUUCACAAGUAACUAUAGAAUCUCAAGUAGAACAUUUAGUAAUUAAGGAUCAGGUAGUUGAAUCUUCCCACUUGAACAUCGACAGGAUAGUAAUUGAAGGAAAUGAUUUUUUAAAUCUCAAACCAGAAUUCAAAAGCCUAAUUUUAGGAAAUCCACCAACUACUGUAGACUCUGAAGUUUUCAAAGAAAUUAAAAAGUCAGCUCCGACAACUGUAGUUACUAAUGUAGACAGUCAUGAAGAACCUAUACUGACAAAGGCCGAAGAUAAAGAAAUAGAGACUAAUGUAAUUGUGAAUGAUAACAAUUAUCUAAGUGAUUCUAGUGAAGACGCAAACUUUCAUAGAAAAAGUACAAGUUCAGAAAAAGAGGUUUCUCCUAGGAAGAACAGAAGUGUUAGAUUUCAAGGAGGUUCUUCUCCAGCGACUCCUCGGGAGAAGAAGCAUUGUGAUGACCGAAGAAGAAAAAAGAACAGGAGGAAAUACAAGAACAAGUUUGACAUUUACAAAGACUUUGACGAUUCAAGCAGCACUUGCUCCACGUGUUCUUCCAGUUCAAGCAGUGAUGAUCAGUCGGCGUAUCAGUUGCCACCACGAAGAGCAUAUGGAGGAGUGAGGAUAUCUUACGUCCCCAACGACGCGGUGGCCGUGGCAAAGAGAAGGCAAGCGAUGAACCCUCAGUCCACGGAGAAGAAUACUCUGGACAAAAACUGCACGAUAUCAUGAUGUUAUGUGGCAAUGCUCUGGAUGCAGAGGAAGGGGAGACCCUUUCCUCAUGGUGAAGAGAAUAUUAUUGCUGCUCCAGCAAAAGUACCUUCUGUUCACAUCGAGUGCAGUGGGAACGCCUUCAAUACUAGUACCUGACAAAAAACCAAAUAGAUAAGUUAGCUAAGAA